UGAAGGGCGUGCCCACACCACCUCAGUUGUCAACCAGGUCCGGCAGCAGCAGGAGUCACCACUACUGCUCUUGGGGUUUUCGUCUACUGGUGCUGAAAACAUUUAAAGUGUGGAUAAUGCCUGUGUGGGCCGUGUAUAGUUGGCUCCUGCUAGCUGUGCUUCACCUGUCUACUAAAGGACUGUCUGUAAAUGUUUCAAGCGGCGGCAGGUGUUGCUAUGGUGAACGCCGCGUCCAGCACGGUGAGGUGGUCCUCAGUGUCCCUGACUGUUGCCUCACCCUUGUCUGCCUCAACGGUCAUAUUGAACGCAAAUAUGUAGGCGGUCCUGGGGAGUCACACUGUUGUGAAUUUGAAGGUCUAAUGUAUGUAGACGGCUCUAAGCUGUCGGCUCACUGCAUCCCCCUACAGUGUGCAAAGGGUGUCUGGACCCCGACACAACACAUUGAAGACUGCUGUAAACAUUGCUACCUGUACAAUGACCCUCACAUAGAAACCUUCGACCAGUUCAGAUACGACUGGCACGGUAUCUGCAACUAUUCUGUAGCCCAGAGUGACCUGACCUACACGCCUGAAGUUGGGGUCUUUAGUGACUUUGAUCAGUGUAAUGGGCACGCGUCCUGCCUCUCCCGCACCACCUUCAGGGACAAUCCUCACACUGUUAUCACUCUGGACUCUGGAUCAGUGUUUGAUAUAACGGUGAACGGGGACCUGUACACUGUACCGGCCAGCGGAGCUCACGCAGUAGUGUCCUCUGCUGGUGCACACCCAGUACUGGCCUGGAGGGAUGGAGGCUGCAUCUACCUGCUCGGCUCCUCUAAGAUCGUGCUCCAGCACUGUCGUCACCGGCUGGAUGUGUGGGCGUAUCCCAGUCAUAUAAACCACCUGGACGGCCUAUGUGGACACUUCAACUUCUACAAGAACGACGACUUUACGGACAGAGACCAGCGCAUCCACGCACUAAACUUCUGGCCCUUGGCUUUCCCAGAGUCCUGGAGGACAAAAGAUCAAACGGAUCGUACGUGCUACAAAUGUCUAGAUUGCCAGAACGAGACUGCAGUGGACCCGUGUGAGGCUACUCCACUACAGCAGCGGGCAGACUCUGCCUUGUGUCGUAGGCUGCUGCACCCAAUUAUUGGCAAGGACCUGGACCUCCAGACUCACGUCGAGACGUGUGCGUGGGACGUGUGCAUGAUGCGGGGAGCAGAGCCACGGAGAGGGAGCUGGCAGACUGGCUGCUCCAGCUCCAGAUUAUCCUCCAGCAGACAAAGCUCAUCCUCGCCAGGACACUUGAUGGGUGGGAGGCGAGGCCUACGCCCGUGGUGGGGUCGUGUGAGCACGGCUCCCGCUGGCUGGACAAGUGCAACUGGUGUUCGUGCUCAGACACGGGCGUGGCGGGCUGCACCAGGAAGGCCUGUGUAGACGAUUACGAGCCGAAGCUUGGGAGUGAAGUAUGCAUCAACGGCUCCCGGUGGAUGAAAGACGCUUGCAACUGGUGUGAGUGCGUCCGGGGCGGCGCCAUCUGCACCUUCACGCCCUGCAACAUCUUGGAUUGUCCCUUGAUAAAGUGCGGAGGGUCGUGUACACCAGGCAAAGAUCCACUGACUGGUUGUCCCACGUGUAACUGCACAAC